UCCAUUCGGUGCUCUAAAUUUUUCCGAAAGUGGCUGAGUUGACGCCAUUCUUGACUAAGGAAGGUUAGACAUAUAGAUUUCGAGGAACUCUACCUGGUCACAAUGGAGAGUAAACUGCCACCACCUGCCCAAGGAGCAAGUUCUUCGACUUCUAAUCCGCAGAGCACUACUAAUUCCAGCCAAAAUUCUCCUGGAAAAUACGCAGAGCUUUUAGCGGUGAUCGAGGAACUAGGAAAAGAUAUUCGUCCUACCUACGCUGGUAGUAAAAACGCCGCUGAACGUUUGAAAAAAGGUAUUAUGCAUGCCAGGGUGUUGGUCAGGGAAUGCCUUGUUGAAACUGAUAGAUGUGCCAGACAGUAGCACCCACGACCAAGUCAGCACUUGUCAAGAAUAAAUCUCUGUAACGAAGUAGCAGGUACAAGAAAUCUGAAAGAUGAAGUUUGAUGCAGGGGUUUUUGCUGCAAACACAUUGGAGCAAAAUUCCAUGAUUCAAAAGGGGAUUCUUCAAUAUCUGAAUUUCAAAUUUUUUCACCUUAAGAGCUAAUGAGAAUUAUAAAUGGAGAUGAUCUAAGCAACAGAACACAAUUCCCGAGGCUAUAUAAUGUGAUAAGGCCAUGUGGGAGGCUGGGAGAACACGAGGAAAGCUUAUAAAUCAUGAGCCAAAGGUGAGUGAGUUAUAGGCUUUCUGCGUGUUCUCCCAAAUGAGGACACAGGUAGAUAAUCAAGCAAGAACUCUUUGAGAAGGGCAAGUUUUGGUUCCUACUGUUUGAAGACAUCAUGCAUAUGCAGCCAGGUCACUGAGCUGUUUUUAAAAUGAUGACAUUGGAAGCUUAACUGUUAGCACAUUUGUUAAUUGUUCUAAAUGAAGGUCAGUGAUCUGAAAGGGUUCUAAAAACACAAUGACUGUGUCUACUUUUAAUGGCAAAGGUGAAAAUUAUGAGAUCUGCAGCUCACUUCUCCAGCACAUUCCUUUUUUUUUUUUUGAGAAAGAAACAGAAAUUAAAAAGAGCGAAA